GUUGCUUCCCUGCACCGCCCCUACCCCCGCGAGUCCUGGUCUUGGAGGGAGCGCCGCUAGGGAGCCUCCAGCCAUGAGGCGGCAGCACGGGCGGCGAGGCUCCACCGCCGCCUCCUGGCACUGGGGGCUGCUGCUGCACCUUCUGCUGCUGCUGCAGGUGGCUGCCGUGCACGCCGGGAAUUGGAUGUACCUGGGAAUGGUGGGCGUGACACAGCUGCUGCCACAAGGGGACCAAGAAGUGCAGAACGUCAGCACGGCCACGGCAGUCAGCAUCUGUCAGCAUCUGCCGGGGUUAGUGCAGCAGCAGGUGGCGGUGUGUCAGAACCACCCGGACGCCAUCAGGAGCGUGAGUGACGGGGCGCGGCUUGGCAUCAAUGAGUGCCAGUACCAGUUUCGCAAUGAGAGGUGGAACUGCACGACUGGAGCUGAUAUUGACUACCCCUUUGGCUUCACGUUGAGGAGAGGGAGCAAGGAGACCGCCUUCAUCUACGCCGUGACAUCCGCCGGGGUGGUGCACGCUGUCACGCAGGCCUGCUCCUCCGGCAACCUCACCGACUGCUCCUGCGACAUGAGCAAGCAAGGCCUGUCAACUCCCGAGGGAUGGAAGUGGGGAGGCUGCAGCGACAACCUGAGAUUCGGAGUUCAGUUCGCGCGGCAGUUCGUGGACGCCCCAGAGAAAGAGAGACACAAGAAGCUGAAGAGGAGACGGAAUCUUAUGAAUCUACACAACAACGAGGCAGGACGAGAGGCAGUGGCGCGGCUGAUGAAGAUGCAGUGUCGUUGUCAUGGCGUGUCUGGCUCAUGCGAACUGAAGACCUGCUGGCGCUCUAUCCCGACCUUCCCUGUGGUGGGCGACUACCUGAAGGGGAAGUACCUCACCACACUCAGGCCACCACGGAACAAACAGUUCACACACAAGAAAAUGCGAGGAUCGAGAUGGCGUGACUCGUCCCGCCGGCGGAGGAAGCGGCGUGGCCGUCGCAAGCGUCGCUUCCUGGCGGAGAAGGACGAGCUGGUGCACAUCCACAAGUCCCCGAACUAUUGCAUCCAGAACCCCAAGAAAGGGAUCCUCGGCACCCAAGGCCGCUUCUGCAACAAGACAUCCCAUGGCGCCGACUCAUGUGACCUCCUGUGCUGCGGCCGGGGUUACAACACACAGGUUGUGCGGUACGUGGAGCGCUGCCACUGCAAGUUUGUGUGGUGUUGCCACGUCCAGUGCAAGACUUGCAUCACCAACGUUGACGUUCACACCUGCAAGUAGUGGAGAGGCUCGGGUGACAUGAAUGUUUAGGAGCACCUGCCUUGUUCACCUGAUGGGAAAGAGUCGUGGCUCAUGACAGUCUUGGACUGUUUGGGUGCUGUAAGAAGAUGGUGAAAGAUGUAUCAUUCAAAACUUGAAGGUAGUGAAUAUGUUUUGUGUUGAGCGACAACUGACUUGGCGCCCUGACUCAAGAAUGCUGAGCGAGAUGCUGCAGCUGGUUGGAACACUUCAGAAAUAUUACAUGUAAAUUUGCAGCUGUUUAGUCAGUUUUAGUGGUAAACUAACAGCAUGAUAGUGCUUUAGUGGUGAUGAUCAGGUAGACUGUGUGAAAGCCAAGGUAGCCUCAAGCAUUGGGACUCAUCACACCAGUAGCUGAGAGAAGUCAGUGUUUUCAUUACCACUGGAAACUGUUGUGUGUGUCAUGGCUGCCGGUGUGAUCCUGGUCCCCACACCUGACACCUGUGCGGUGGGGUGUCCAGCGUCACCUGCAGCCCAGCCACACCACACGACUGACCUGAUCACCCCUCAACAGAAAACAAAGUGGUACUUAUCAUUGUGUGUUUUGGUAUUGUACACUCUGGCAAGGCAUCCUCAACUGUCCUCCCAGCACAAGGCAGCCGUGACAGGUUCUGCAAUCCACACACGUCCGUCACUCCCAGGAAGGGGAGGAGCAGACAGGAGUGGCUCCAGCUGCUUUCUUGAUGGAACAGUCGAGCGACAAGGUGUUCCCCAAAGGCAGCUAGACGGUGCCAGCCAGGCAGGCCUUGGCUGCCUCCACCACACCCACCACCACCACCGCCACCACCACCGCCACACACCCAGAACAAGCCACGCAGCAACCUCCUCCUCCUGAAGGAGGUGUCGCCGUUAGUCGUCCGAGUAAUGGAUCAAAAUAUUUUGUGUGAAAUAUAUUGCAAUAAACUAUAUGUCAGACAUUUACAUACUAUUAGCUAUGAUUGGACUUACCAUUACCUCAUAUUUAUGGUGUCGUGUGUACAGUGGUCCCUCCCAGUGGUAGUUUCAUAAACUAUGCUGUGUUUGUAUAUAGUGAAGAUUAUUUUGCUUUUUAUGCCCUUUACAAAUGUCUCUUGAGUUUAUGGCUGAGAUUAGGUUAUUCUUGUUCAUUACCAGUUGAAGGACAAAGCAGCAGGUGUUUCAAGGCCGCUCCUUCCUCCCUGCCCACCCUCAGCGGGGUGGAGGGGCCGGCCGUCAGAACAUUUACACUUGAUAGACACGUGCUUAGCCAGAGUAAACAAAAUAUAUUUACAUUAGUACCUUUGAGUUUAUAUGAAGGCUGUGGCAGGUGUCAGCGCUCAGGGGUGUGAGGCGUGGCACAGGUGGAGAGUCACCCUGGCACUGUCAUCUCCUCUGCACCAGGCAUCACACAUUGAUCACUUGUCCCUCACACCCUCAGUCCCUGGCUCGUCCAUCAGUACAUCAAUCAUAUUGACAUGAGAUCUUUUCUCUAACAUAUGCACAUAAAUUAAGUAAAAAAGAAGUGUUCAUGUGUGUGUGUGUGUGUGUGUGUGUGUGUGUGUGUGUGUGUGUGUGUGUGUGUGUGUGUGUGUGUGUGUGCGUGUGUGUGUGUGUGUGUGUGUGUGUGUGUGUGUGUGUACAUCCAUUUGCCAAGACAAUGUUCAAACAGCCAACCUGCCUUCCCUGUCUUGCCACACCUCUGCCUCUGAGCUGCUGCUAAACCUGCCAGUCCUGCGAGGGAGUCAACACCAGCUUCAUGUUUCUUUAUCCCCGUCAUUCUUGACUAUUUCUACCCAAACCCUGCCUAUUUAUGUCCAUUCCCACCAAAUAGUACCACAUUCCUGCCUGCCUCUGUCCGGUCCUUCUCAUGUCAGUUUUCUCUCCCUUACCCCGCUCCUCACCUAAUGGUUUCACUGCAAUCAAUUGGAUCAGCAGGCUGGGGACGUGACGCCUCAGCCUGACCAUUCAUAAAGUGCUACCGUUCUCAGGGUCCCACAAGAUGUUUCCAUAAAUGCUUUUCAUCAGUCGUUUACAGAGGUUGGAUCAUGUAAACACUUAAUUACAAAUGGAGAUUAAGUGAUGUCAAUAUGAAAGCUGAUGAUAUUUUGUGUAAGUCGUCUUAAGUUGAAUAAGUAUUUUUGUGUUUGGAGUAAAAUACAAAUACAGUGAUGCCAAGAGUAUAAAGCAAUAGAAAGUACAGAUAUAUAUUGUUUAUCAGCAUGAGUUCAACGCACGUCAAUAGUGUUACAACUGCAGUGAACAUCCAUCUAUCAUUUACCGUCAUGAAGUCGGUCUCAUGUCUUGGCCACUCCCCACAUUCUUGCCUCCAGGAUGCUGAUGUUCACUCCAGGACUCCCGUGUAAAUACAUGUAUCAUAUGAGGCACUAAAGCAGAGAUGUAGAAACUCAUACAUGUAUCAACUAGUGUAGGUUGUGCUGUCUUAGGAUCCGAACACUAGUUAAAAGCUUUCCAUGUGUCUGUCAAUGGAGGGAGAGAGACGAGUAGAGAUGUAUGAAGACAAUAUGAGAGUAUUUAGAGCUAUGGGUUGUAACAAGAGUGAAAUAUAUUACAUUUAGGAGAAUAAUUUAAUCUUUGAGUAGGUAUAUCAUUAAGCCUUGUACUGCUAUCGAACUCUGGUUAGAAUUAGCAUUAAAGCAUAGCUCGUUGCUGCUGAGUGUAGUUCUCUUAAGCUCCACCCUUGGUCAGUGAACUUCAAGAGGGGUAUUUAAGAAGGUAACAUCACAAACACCUGAGAUUAUACGUCGUAAAGUUAGUAUAUCAUUAAGGGCAGGUUAUAUCCUUGCCCAACUAUGUCACGACCCAGUCAACGCCUUCCACUUGUCGUCUCAGAAACAACUGGUCAAAAAACUGUGUGCUGGCGGGGCGUUGACUGAGGCUUUCAAACAUUCAAAUAUGACAUUGAAAGAUCAAGAGGAAGGAAAGGCUCUCGACACAUCCAGAAGGCCAUUAACUCUUGUUCCAUAAUUUGCUUCAGUUAGUUUGGUGUUGAUAAUAACCAUGCAUAUAAAAAAAACUCUCCACAACUGCACAUGAAGACGUCUGGAAUCAUUGAUAACAUAACGCCGUGCGCCUCCUGCCAGUGCAACACACGCCACUGGAAUGAGGGGCGUGUGAGACUGGUGGCGUGUGGCGUUCAUCAAUCUCUUACCGAGCUCUUCCACAAACACCCAGACAGACUCUGAUUCACACCUAACAUCUUGUCAAAACGUGUUCACUAAGAGAUGUAUCGAUGUCCUCAAGAGUACCCAUUGCCGUACUGAGCUGUAGAGGGGCCCUUGGAAGCAGAGGAUGUGUGUGUUGACUCGCGCUUCCCUGGGUACACCUCCUUUGUCAUUUGAACCUGCUGAAUCAGAGUCACGUGCUUAACGGGCUGAAUUCUUAGUUAUUUUAUAUGUAUUUAUCCUACUCGUCGUUUUCUCAGAUUCUGUAGUUUGUUCUUCCUCCUCUCAUUCUUCUAUGCCUCGCUCCCUUUCCUCCUCUUUCGCGUCUCUAUCUCGUAACCUCUUUCUUCUCGUAUUACUAGAAGGAAUUGUAAGGAAAAUGGAUGAAGUGUGUAUGUUCAAAUAAAUAGAUACUUGGUGGUUUCCUUCAGUCAUUUACACAAGUUAUUGGAGCUCCCAGUCUGUUUCGUCGUCUGGUUUCGUUAAUUCUCAUUUGUGUGUUUAAUUUGACGAAGAACUUGACAGAAAAUUAGUUGAUGUUAGAGAUAAAAACUCUCUCUCUCUCUCUCUCUCUCUCUCUCUCUCUCUCUCUCUCUCUCUCUCUCUCUCAUUUCCAAAGUCCGUUUUUUGAGAAGGAAGCCCGCCUUGACCUAGAUCAACGGAGAUUUGUAUUGUGGCAAUAAACUAGCCCAUAUAG